CCCCCCAGCGCCGGGCCCCUCCCGGGCCGCCCCGCCCCGGGGGCCGCGCCGCUCCGUCCCGCCCCGCGGUUUCCCCCGAUCCUGGAGGACCGCCGCCGUCUGUCCCCUCACGGCCCAACAGAGCGCCUCCGCCUGGAGUCCCCAGUCGUCCCAGUAAAGGUAGCCCCGCCCACGGAGAGAGCCCCCAGUCGUCCAUGGAGGGCUGACCCGAUGACCUCUGACCCCUGAACCGUGUGUGAUCCGCUCCCCUCAUGUUGGUGACCAUUAGUAGCUCGUUGUGAUGAAUAUAAACCACCUGCUGUCCACCUGUCUGUCUCACUGUGGACAUGGACAACUGCAGAGACGUCCUACAGAACAAGAUGCCUCACUCCGCUCCGGAUCUCCAGGCUGGGAUCAGUUCUGGAUUUUAGUUUCCUGGUUCCUCCGGAACAAAGCUGAGACGUUUCGUUUCUUUACAGUGUAAAGUUUACUUUGCCGUCUAUUUAUCGGUUAUUUAUCGGUUAUUUAUCGGUUAUUUAUCGGUUAUUUAUCGGAUAUUUAUCGGAUAUUUGUUGAGUUUUUUUAUUGUUGUUUUAUCGGUUAUUUAUUGUCUAUCGAUUAUUGAUGAUCUGCCACUCAUUGAUCACGUUCUGCUGAUCCGGUGACGUUUGACCCAAUCGGUUCUGUGGUGAUCGGUCCCUCAUCCAGACUGGUUCCAGCUGGUUCCGGUUGGUGUAAACCGGUUCAAACUGGUUCUAAUACUGAAUGAACCCAGUCAUCAGAACGGAGCCGGGCUUCAUCAGGUUCUAGAUCACAGUUCUGUUUGCUUGGGUCGUUGCAAAGAUCGGGUUCUGGGUCGACCCGGUUUGGUUCUGGACCCAGCUGCUGCUCCCUAAUCGGUUCUGAACAUGAAAACAGCAUCAGCCAAUCAGAGCAGAUGCAGAGGAACCAAUCUUAAACCAUUAGAGGCUAAGCUCCGCCUCUUCGCUCCCCACCACCAUCUAUUGCUCCAAAGUUCUGACUGAGUUCUGAUGACCCGGUUCUGAGCGGCCCGAGCGCAGCAGCGUGGUUCUGAUGGAUCAUGGUCUGUUUUCUGUGUCGUGGUUCUGGUGCUCCAUGUAGCGUGUGGUUAGCCGUGACGUGUUGUUGCUGUUAGUCUGAGCAUGCUCAGUGACUCACUCUGAUCAUUCUAAUAAUAAACGUAUCGAUACUCUGACUCCGCCCACCAACCGCGUGUCAUGUGACCUCAAUAAAGUGAUGUGGAUCGAACCUCGGCUCCUUCUUCACACCGGGUCAGAACCGCUGCACCAUUUAAUUUCUAUGAAAAUGCUUUUACAUAUUUGCUGAAACUCAUCAUGUCCUGACCGACUAAUCAGAGACAGGAGGAGGGUGUUAGCGCUGUCACUCAUCCUUGUGUACAUGCUGCUCAAACCCUCCCUACACACCGCAGCCAUUUUGAAUGAAUGCUAAGAUAGUUAGCAUAGCGACUGAUGAAGGCAGAUAAAAUUUCCUGUCAGGGUAAGUUGUUUCUCCUCCAUUGGCACAUUUAGCAGCGUGUGCAUGAGCAUGACUGACAGCGCUAAGCCCCUCCUCCUGGCUCCGAUUGGAUCUGUUUCACAACAAACAUGGAGGCAGAUUCACUAACAUGGAAACAAACAUUUAAUACAAGUUACUGAAUCAGGAAGGAAAACAGGCUGGCUGAAUCCUCCAGGUUUUUCCAGGUUGUUCCAGGUUGUUCCAGGUUAUUCCAGGUUGUUCCAGGCUCUGAUGGUUUGAAGAGUUUCCAUCCAGUCCUGAUGUAACGAAUGGAAACUUCUGGAUCUAAAAGGAAAUUUUACAAGAUUUAUCAAUCAGACCUAGAACCGGUUCUGGAUCCAGUCUGAACCGGUUCCGGGUCUGAUCCAGUUCGGGUUCUGGCAGCGACCCGCCUGCAGCUGGAGGGGAGCUUCCUGUGUUGAGUGCUUUCGGCCAGCAGGGGGAGCUGCUGCGUGAGGAACUGCUGCGACCUCAGCGCAGCGGCGUGGCUGUUGCCAUGGUUACCGGGAGGCUGAGUUUCACAGAAAGAGGAAGAAGAGAAGGAGGAAGGAAGUGAGACGGCUGGUCGACAGAAACCCAGACUGAGAGGAUCAGAGCGUCUCGUCCGUCCCCGCUGGGUCCCACCUGUCCCCCCGGUGUCCACCUGUCCCCCCGGUGUCCACCUGUCCCCCUCGGGGCCCCGCACCAACGAUGUCUUCCCGCUCAGACUCAAAAUCAGCCUCCCAGAUCGUCUUCCUCACCAUGAAGCUGAAGGACAAGUUCCAUCCCCAGCGGAACCGGACCAGAGCCAAGCCUCCGGACCUGGACCUGAGUCAGAACCCGUCGGCCAUCUUGCUGGACCAGGAGCGCGCCGUCCUCAGCUCUCUGCAGUACUUCAAGGCCCUGGUGGACAGACUGGACCUGGACCGACCCGCAGGACACAAACCGGGCCUGGACCGGUCCAUGGUGGGCGGCCUGGUGGGCGGAGCCUCCACCGGCAUCCUGGAGGCCGUCCAGGCGCUGGUGGAGCUGGAGCCGGACGAACUGGACAGUAAGACUGUCUCCGCCCGACUCGCCCGUCUCUAUGGCGCUGUCGCUCAGCUGAUCCGCUGGGCCGACCAGGUGAUGCUUCAGGGCGUCUCCCGUGACGACGGUGGGUCUUCGGAGAGCGUUACCACGGUGAUCAGGGGCGUGCUGAACAGUGCCAAGGAGCUCGUCCGAUUGGUCGCAGAGAGACGGGAAGGUUCCGCCCCCUUGUCUCCUGUCCAAUCACAAUCCAGGGACGUUGAAAACCAGGAGACGUCCACUAGGACGCCGCCCUGUCCUUCUAGCAAGGGACGGGGGGAAGGGACGAAGACGAAGGCGGCGGGGACACAUGCCCCGCCCAAACCCCCCAUGCCCGUCCCAGAGCCCCUCCCCCAGGCCACGCCCCCUCAGGAGUCUGCGUUCAGUCCUCCCGCUCUGCCUCCUAAAAGGCGCCAGACGCCGCCGCUCCCUGUCCCUGCCCACUGCAAGGUUGCCAUAGUAACACCAAUAAUCCGGCAGCCCGAGGAAGACCUGCAGGUGGAGGAUGACAGCUGCUGCAAGAGACUCUCUUCUUCCUCUGCAGACUCUGCAGCCAACACCUCACCAAGUGAGGAUGACCCGGAUUACGACUUCCUCCACACCGACCUGUCGUCCUCGGAGACACUGCCCCCCGCCCUGCCGGAGAAGAGACGCCGCAGCACCACAGGUGAGGACACACCUGUCCCUCUGUCUGUCCCUCUGUCUCUCUCUGGACUCUGA